UAAACAAAGGAAGCGCUAGCAGCGUUAGCUAUGUGAUGGAUUGAGUUCGCUGGAAGAAGGUUCUUAGGUCAUAACACAGGUAAUUAUUCAUGUUAUAGUUUAGCAACAAUGUCUUCAGUUCAGUAUUUGAGAGGGUUUAUCAACGAGAGACUAACUGCUGCUGCUGAAGAAAUAUUCGGAGUUAUAGAGAAAACUAUCGUCGAGUACGAAGAAGAGAUCGACCGUCAGCGCAGACUGUUGGAUAUAGCUUGGAAACCUGAAAUAAAGUUACACAGGAUAGUUCCUCCAGAGCUCCCACAGCAACAUGUCUGUAAGGAGGAGGAGGUUGUCGCUGAGCAGCAGCUCUGUGUUCAGGAGAGGAACUCCAGUGUGGAGCAAGAGGAGCCAAAGCCUCCAGAGAUUAAAGAGGAAGAGGAGGAACUGUGCAGCAGUCAGGAGGGAGAGCAGCUUGAAGUGAAGCAGGAGACUGAUGACUUUAUGUUGACUCCUACUAAUGAGGAAAGUGACCACAGUGAAGAUCAGACUGUGAACUUGAGAAUCAGUGAAACUCAGAAUAUGGUGAAGGAAAUGCCUCUACGGUACAUUUCAGAUAAAAGUCAUGUGGUCCCAGAACCAGACAGUGACCACCAGCUCCUCUCUCAUGAAGCUGAGAGCCAAGAUCAGAAAGGAGACAAGCAUGGAGACUCAGGUUCAACUAGAAAUGCAGAGCAAACAGAACCGAAUCACAACAGCAACAGUCACACUAACAACUCAUAUAACCCUACUAUAUCAACAAUUCACUAUAAUACUGACACAGGUAAAAAGUCUUUGAAUUGUGACACAUGUGGGAAAGCUUUCACAUGUAGGUCACUUUUUCAGAGACACCUGAGAGCACACACAGGUGAGAAGCCAUAUUCUUGCAACAUUUGCGGGAAAAAAUUCACUCAGACAUCAGGAUUGAAUGCUCAUAGAAGAACACACACAGGUGAGAAGCCAUUUAUUUGCAAGACAUGUGGGAAAGAAUUUGCAUUUAGCAGUCCCUUGACUGUCCACAUGAGAACUCACACAGGAGAGAAGCCAUAUUCUUGCAACAUCUGUGGGAAAAAAUUCAAUCAGAAAUCAGUAUUGAACAAUCAUAGAAGAACACACACAGGUGAAAAGCCGUACUGUUGCAAAACGUGUGGAAAAGAUUUCAGAACAAGAGGUAACUUUAUAGAGCACACCAGAAUUCACACAGGAGAGAGGCCGUACUCUUGCAAGACAUGUGGGAAAGAUUUUGGACGUAAGACUGACUUGAAUGUCCACAUGAGAAUCCACACAGGUGAGAAGCCACAUUCUUGCAGCACCAUGGAAAAGAAGCUGUUGGACAACAGAAUUGAAAUCUCCUGUAAGAACCCAUACAGGUGA